AUGGGUAUAAAGAGAGGAGACAUGGUAGCGAUAUAUUCUAAGAUCCAAUUAUACGCAAGCGUUCCGUUAAUAUCGUGCUUCUUUGUUGGAGCUGUUCCAACUUUUUUGGAAGAUGCAUUGACCUCACUUGAGGUUGUUCACAUACUCAAGCAAAUAAAUCCGAAACUAAUUCUAACAACUUCUGAAAUGCUGGAAACUGUUAAAGAACUUAUUAACACAGAAGUUAUUCAUGUUAAUACCGAAAUAUUAGUUUUCGAUCAGGGAUUUUAUGAACCACAAGAAAAUGAAAGAGAAUUCCUACCAAUAUACGUGAAUGAUUUAAAGGAAACGGCAAUGAUUCCUUUUAGCAGCGGGAGUACAGGUUUACCGAAGGGAAUACGCCUAAGCCAUUAUGCCUUACUACGUGCUAAUAUAAUUAACGACGAUCGUCUUUGGCUAACGGAUCAAGCGAAAAUAGUAUUCAGUUACGACUCUUUCCACUGGAGCAUAGAAACAGUACGCCUGCUAUGUUCAGUUCGAGAUGGAAUUUGCCGCUUGAUCGAUCCUGAACCGUUCGAGGCAGAGAGGACUUGGAAUUUACUAGAAAAGUUCAAAGUAGUGGAUCUAAAUUCUGGUGAAGCUUUAGGUCCCAAUAAACCUGGUGAGCUUCAUGUAAAAAGCGAUAUAGUUAUGUCUGGCUACCACAACAUGGAUAGCAGCGAUCAGUUCCAUGAAGAUGGUUGGUUCAAAACUGGUGACGAAGUGUUUUACGAUGAAGAUUUGUGUUUUUUUAUUGUUGACAGAAUUAAGGACAUGAUAACAUUUCAAGGUUGGCACGUACCACCAGCUUUUUUGGAGGAAGAGCUAUUAACUCACCCUGCUGUCAAAAGGGCAGCGGUUAUUGGUAUCCCCGAUGAAGUAGAUGGAGAACAUCCCAUGGCGUUGAUUGUACUAAAAGACAACUUUAAGAAUGUCACUUCUAAAGACUUGGAGAGAUUCAUAGCCGAAAGGAUGCCAGAACGAUUUCACUUAAAAGCAGGUGUAAAAUUCAUAGAUGAUUCGUAUUUUGUAGGUGCCAGGAAAGUGAAAAGAUAUUUGUUGAAGAAACUGGUUCUCACUGGGAAAAUUUAAAACCAUAUAGUCCCAGUUGAAAUAUUUUCCACCUACACUAUUACCAUUUAAUUUCUGUUUAUUUUUAGUAUUUCAAAACAAGAAAAAAUAUUUAGUUUCAAGAUUUACAUAAGU